AUGGCCGGGUUUUCGCCGUCGUUUUCUGGUGGACGUACGAUAAAUGAGCUCGCAGAUGAAAUAAUUGAAGCAAUUUUGUGCCAGAGGAAGCUUGACCAUACUGACAUCGCAUCAUUCUCGUUAACCUGUCAUAGAUUUCGUGCGAUAUCACUGAGUCGAGAAAUUUGGCGCAACAAAUUUGUGCAAAGGUGGCCUGCCUUAUCUGAUGUAUGUAUUGAUAGCAAACAGAAAGACUGGCUGGAUGUUUACAAAUUACGAGAGACUAUACACCACUCUAUACAGCCGAUAAUUUGUAAACUGUCACCACUGUACUAUCAUUUAGAUGAUGUCUCAAAUGAAGGAUUCAGUGAAAUACAAGACAUCUUUACAUCAAGUGAUAUCCACUGUGAAUUUGUACAAGAUGAACUUCUGGCUAUUAUUUAUGACAAUAAUAAGCGUACUGAUCUGACAAAGAAAUAUUAUGCUGAAAAAUGUUUGAGAUUUGUACAACAUUAUAGCUUAGCAAAAGAAUGGAGAAGAUUUCUAGAACUGCCGCAGGAAGAGCAGCUUCUUGAACAUGGUGCUGUACUUCUAGCGCAGUGGUGUCAAUCCACAUUACAAAUUAGUAUGAAGGAAAUAAAACAUAAAAUUGAUAAAUUAGCUUGCUUGGUUCAUGCUGAAAUCAAGACUAGGUGUCCUAAUCAUCCAGUGCGUAAUUUACAAGUGCCUUGCAAAGUUGAAAUGACUCCAUCACAGGGUAGACAAGUCUUAGAAUGUCUUAAUACUGUAUUAUACAAACAGCAAAAAUUCACUGGAAAUGAUGUCAAUUACUAUGAGAAAAUGAAUUCUUAUAUUAAUAAAGUACUGGAAAGAAAGACUGGAAUACCAAUAAGUUUAGCAAUAUUGUAUGCAUCCAUCGCCAGUAGAUUCAGUGUACAAGUACAGACUGUCAACUUUCCUAAUCAUUUCUUACUGAGAUACAAAGACGGGUGUACUGACGAAGAUUAUAUUUACAUUGAUGUAUUCAACCAAGGUAAACUAUUACAACGUAAGGAAUGUAUACAAUUCGAACCGGCCGUCGGAUCCACUAUGAGUCGUUAUUUCAACAGUUGUCCUCCUAAAGCAGUCUUUACACGUAUGGUUGCAAAUCUGUUGAGAAUCAAUCCUCACCAUGAUGACAACGGUGGAUUACGAGAUGCAUUGGAGUUGUAUCUGAUACUAUGUCCCAAUGAUAUUGAAGUGAGAUUGCUACAAGCCAGAGUCUAUUUACAUCUCAACAUUAAUCUUCAAGAAGUAGUGGAGAAUUUAACACGUUUAAUGGACCACAGUCUGCUUAUCCAAGUAAAUUGGGUUGAAUUUAUGUUAAAUGAAGCAAAGGAAAGACUGUCGUCUCAGGCAUUACCAGGUCACGCUGAGGUUCAACUAAAGUGUCGAGAAGACAAUAAUGAAGUACAGUUUUCUGUGGGAAUGAUUAUGAAACAUAAGUUGCAAAAUGGUGUGAUUCUGAUGACAGGUUCUACACAAAAGGGUGGAAUUGGUUAG